UUCAGUUUAUUCAGUGACCAUUUUAUACACUCCACCCUCCUCUUCUCUCUAGUCUCUCCCACCACCUCAACCCAUUCAUUAUUCAACCAUUGUCUGUCUCUUUCGAAUUCUGAGACCAAUUUUCCAAGGGCUGUUUUGACAGAUGAGAUUUUAGAAAAAAAGUUUCUGAAGGAGAUCAGUUUGGGAUCAGAAAAUCUUGGUGGGUAUGUCAAUGGCAAGUGGAGUGGACCAUUGAGCUGACUGUCGAUCCUUCUAACAACCAGACUAAACGACAGUCCUCUUUUCCAGUAUCUGUGCAUGCACAAACUUCGCGCUCUUUUGCUUCUCUCCUCUUUUGACCCAAAUCCGCCAUUGUCGUCCUUGUACUUGGUAACUGGUUUAAUCUUGCUGGGCGAUGGAUUUCUCUAAUCCCGUGUGUAGAAGAACUCGGUCUAAAACAGAGGAGUUUUAUAGGACCUUGUCAAAGCCGAGGAAGAGGGAGAGGGGGAGUAGCAGUAACGUGAGUCCUGGUGCAUCCACUGAAAUACAGAUUAAAGUGGAGAAUGAGGAUUUGGGUAGUGAUUCUGGGGUUGUCUUUGUUGACGAAGAUGACGCCGGUGUUGGAUUAGAAUCCAGAAAGGUGGCUUCUCAGUCUCAGGAUGAUUUUAUGGAGAAGAAUGGAACAAGAGACAACCCUUGUUGCAUUGAUGAAGACGAUGACGACGACGAAGACGAUGAUGAACACAAAUGCAACAGUGACAGUGAGUUUUUGCUUUCAUCUGAGGACAAUGAUGAUGAUGGCGAUGAUAGUGACGACAGCUCGGACUGCCCUUACGACAUUGAUGAAGAUAAGGAAGAGCGGCAUUGGCGUAAAAGAAGGAAAAAUAGGGAUUUUGAGAUGACUGGCGAGAGUGGAGAGUUGUUACGUGGUGUUUGGAGAAGAACCGGGUCUGGGGAAAGGUAUGGUGAGUUUAGAAGUGAGAAGAAAAGUAGUAAUGAAAAUGAUUGGUGUGAAUUAACUGGCAAAGUUUUUGAGAGGAGGAAGGAGAAUGAGAAAGUGCCAAGUGGGGAGACUUCGCUUAGUGGAAGUGAUGUUGAGGGAUAUGGGGUUUCAGAGGAGUCUUUUUCUGGGUUAAAGGAGGCAAAUGGGGGCAAAUCUGCUCAAAAGAGUUGUUCUGUGGCUAAAAGAACCGGAUUGGGGUCUUAUUCAAGACCUGCAAAAGAGAAGGUUGGAGAUGGAACCGUACUUCAACCUUUUUGCAUUGACGAGAAUAGUGAUGAUGGUGUUGUUGACUAUGAAGACGAUCUGGAAGAAGAAAUACCAGAAGUGUUAAGUGUCAACAAGAAGCAGGUGUUCAGGAAGAGAUGGAGAUCUGCCAAGAGUGGAGAAAAGAAUCUAGAUGUGACGGGGAUUCUUUUGGAUUCCAUUACAGAGAGAACAACUUUACAGGUUCCUCAUGGGAAUGAGACUCCUGUAGGAGAUGAUAAUCUGCCACCAAAUGAAAAGUAUGAAAAGCUUCCUCUGAAGUUCUUCUUUGGAGAUGAGCCAAAGAAAAUAGAGAAAUCUGCGUGUGAGCUAGAAUUGGAUCAACUUUGGGAUGAACUAAACCUAGGUUUAGCCGCUGGGGAGAUUGGUUCCUGGCCUGGUGAUAUGGAAGAAGAUGAAGAUGUUCUUUCGAGUGAAAGAGAUAUGGAGUCUCUUUGUAGUCGAGGCAAACAUCAGUGGAUUCUUGAUGAACAAAUCGGAGUUGUAUGCACUCGCUGCUUGCAUGUCCAUGAGGAGAUCCGGCAUAUUUUACCAUCUUUUGAGAAAAAUCCAUGGGGACACUCAGAUUCAAGAGACCUUGGCCCAAGAAACUGUUCUAUCUUUGAUAAACUUGGACAGAAAGACUAUAAUUGUGAUUCACAUUAUGGCAAUGGCUUCUCUGAUCAUGCUGAAACAGUCUGGGAUUUCAUUCCUGGUAUCAAAGAGACCAUGUAUCCACAUCAGCAAGAAGGCUUUGAGUUUAUUUGGAAAAAAAUAGCUGGCGGGAUUCACCUUGAAGAUCUCAAAGACAGGAGCAUGGAGAACUCUAGUGGGGAAGGUUGCAUAAUUUCACAUGCUCCUGGGACUGGAAAAUCCCGCCUUACAAUUGUCUUCUUGCAAAGUUACAUGAAAUUAUACCCCAAGUGCCUGCCAGUCAUUAUAGCUCCUCGUAGCAUGCUUCUUACCUGGGAAGAAGAGUUCCGGAAGUGGAAGGUUGAUAUUCCAUUUCACAAUUUUAACUCACUAGAUUUAUCAGGUAAAGAAGAUGAGGUUGCUGCUCACUUUCUGAGAAAGAGUCGCCAUGACCAUGAAGCAAUCCGGGCAGUGAAGUUGCUUUCAUGGGCAAAGGGUGGUGCCAUAUUAGGCAUCAGUUACCGUCUCUUUGAGAAACGUGCUACACAAGUAAAUGACAGAGCUAAGCAAGUUGCCGAAAUUCUUCUUAACCGCCCUAGUCUAGUGGUGCUUGAUGAGGGACACACUCCCAGAAAUAGUCAAAGUCUUAUUUGGCAAGCUUUGUCACGACUUAAAACAAUGAAGCGCAUUGCUCUUUCUGGAACUCCUUUCCAAAAUAACUUUGAUGAAUUAUUCAACACAUUCCGCCUGGUGAAUCCGAAGUUUAGAGAUGGAGAUUCUUUGACUAUGCACAACAGUGACAAAGAAGCAAGAAAAGAGUGGAGCUCAUUGACAAAAUCUGUUGAAAAAAUGGAUAAUAUCAGUGAGGAGUUAAGAUCAAUCAUAGACUCUGUUGUCCACAGGCACGAAGGUAAUGUCCUUGAUAGCCUUCCUGGGUUGAAGGACUCUCUUGUGAUACUAAAGCCAUCACCAUUGCAGAAGAACCUACUUCAGGUUAUUCAUGAAAGCAUAAAGAGUCAGUUUAUUCUGGAUCGUGAAGAGUGUUUGGUUUCUAUCCAUCCUUCACUGUUCCUUAAGACUGAGACACCGGUACCACAAACAGUUGACAAGGAUGAGUUAGACAGACUGAAGCUGAAUCACCGUGCUGGUGUAAAGACAGAAUUUCUAGUAGAACUGAUUCGGCUUUGUGUAUCUGUAAAUGAGAAAGUACUGGUGUUCAGCCAAUACCUUGACCCAUUAAGCUUGGUGAUGGAACAACUGAAAUCUCAUUUCAGCUGGAGCCAAAAUGCUGAAAUUUUCUAUAUGGAUGGGAAAAUGGAUAUUAAGCAGCGCCAGUCCUCAAUUAAUGCCUUCAACAAUCCCUCUAGCAAAGUGAGGGUAUUACUUGCUUCAACUAGAGCUUGUGCUGAAGGAAUCAACCUUGUUGGGGCGUCAAGGGUUGUUUUGCUUGACCUCCUUUGGAACCCAGCUGUUGAGCGGCAAGCUAUCUCGCGUGCAUUUAGACUUGGACAGAAAAAAUUUGUGUACAUUUACAGACUCAUUACAUCUGGGACAAAGGAAAAGGAUAAGUAUAGUCGCCAGGCUGAGAAGGACAGAAUGUCUAAGCUUGUAUUUUCUUCAUCAAACUGUGACAGUAAUCCUCAGGAAACCCAAGUCAAAGAAGAUAGAAUUUUGGAAGAGAUGGUCCAACAUAAAAAACUUAAAAAUAUGUUUGAGGAUACCUUGAUUUGGAGAAUAAAGCCAGUGGCAUUCUCAACUUCAGGAUAUGAUUUUUGAAGGGAUAUCAGUGGAUGAUGAAUCUGUGUGUUUUGAAGUGUCUGAUAGAAAAGCUUCAUAAGAUAUUCUUCGGUGAAACUUGGUCAUACUAAUCCUUUUGACUUUUGAGGGCUCAAGUGUUCGGUAAUCUAACUUCAUACUUGGAUAUAGCCAUAUAUGUUUUUCUAUUUUUGAGUAUAUACUACAGGAACUGUCUACAGCAAAUAUAGAGUCAGAUUAUACCCCAAGAAUUGUAAAUUUCAGGUGGUUCUAAAGAUGCCAUUUUAUUUUGUUUAUAUCUUUUGUUUAUGAACUGAAAGAACAGAAGCAAUUGUUUUUUGGAAAACUCUUUCAUUCUCAAAGAAAGUCACGAGAAGUUACUUACAAGUACUUUUGCGAUUAUUAUCUUUA